GGCACACAUUCACCCCACACACAAUGGCGUCUCCGUUGAUCGAUUCGUCUAUACAUGCGAUUCAACUCAAUCGAAUGGCUCAAGCGAAAUGGAGAGUUGAUGACUACCUAACCCGAAAACGAGAGCUACUUGCUGAUCUGGCUGAUUUCAAAGAAAAUGAGAGGUUUAUUGAAGAGACGGCAAAAACUAUAGACGAACUGAAUCGCGAAAAAGAAGAGCACUCAGAGAUUAUUCAACAGAUUAAUCAGGACAAGUCCGACUUAGAGAAACAGAUGGACGAUGCCAGAUACGAGCAACGCGAAAGAGAAACCCAAUUAGCGAGAAAAUACGAAACUCUUAUGAAAUUGAUGGAAUCAUCGAAUGAGAAAAUUCGAGAAAGUGGGCUUGGCGAGGAAGCGAUCAUUCAUCCCGAUGACAUUCCCCACGCUCGGAUCCCGAAGCUCCCGACCCCACCCGCACUUUUAGCCGCUUCCCAGUGGAAGGGCCUUUCGGGGCUGAUGCCUCCCAUGAUGUCCCUCGAUCAAAUGAUGAUGGCUACGCAAUUUCGACCGCCUCCUGCGGUGCCCCCGCAUCUCAAAGCUGCCGAUCAUCAAAGCCCUCCGAUGAAGACUUGCCAAUCGUGUUUUCAACAAAUCCAUCGAAACGCACCAAUUUGCCCGAUGUGUAAGAGCAAGUCAAGAAGCAAAAAUCCGAAAAAACCAAAGAAAAAGGAUUAAGAAAGACUUUGAUAUGUAUAGCUAUGUUUAUGUCGCAUUAUUGAUGGAAUGAAGGAGUUCACAA